UCGGAGACAAUUCAACUUUGGGCCUUUCAACAGUCAACGUGCGAAAAUUACUACGACUAAUUCUCUCUCUGUGAAUUGUUAAACCACUGAGAAUUUCCAUUUCCAAUUUCCAAUUUUUCGAUCACAACGAUCUCUGUGAUCGAUCAAUUAUUUAAAGCCCACACACAGAGAGUAACGGAAAUUGGAAUAUAUUUUACUUUUUGGUGGAAAAUCAAUCAUGUCCAUGUCUGAUUCCGAUACAUCGUCGCAGGGAAGCGAUUACAAGAACUUCCGGCAAGUUAUACGCGACAGAUUACUGUAUGAAAUGCUCAGGUCUGCCAAGUCAAAAGACUCAAAAUCAGCAUGGAAGGUACUCAUCAUGGAUAAACUAACUGUUAAAAUAAUGUCAUACGCAUGCAAGAUGGCAGAUAUCACAGAGGAAGGAGUUUCAUUGGUUGAAGACAUAUACAAGCGACGGCAGCCGCUCCCAUCCAUGGAUGCGAUAUACUUCAUCCAACCAACAAAAGAGAAUGUUGUGAUGUUUCUAUCUGACAUGGCUGGGAAAUCACCUUUAUACAGAAAGGCAUUUGUUUUCUUUAGUUCACCUAUUGCUAAAGAGUUGGUUAAUCACAUAAAGAGGGAUUCAAGUGUUCUGUCUCGCAUUGGUGCCUUGAGAGAAAUGAAUUUGGAGUUUUUUGCUAUUGACAGCCAGGGUUUUAUCACCGAUAAUGAGAGGGUGCUUGAAGAACUUUAUGGAGAUGAUGAAGGUUCUCGGAAGGGUAGUUUGUGUUUGAAUGAGAUGGCGAACCGUAUUGCUACAGUUUUUGCAUCAUUGCGGGAAUUUCCUUUGGUGCGCUACCGCGCUGCAAAAUCACUUGAUCCUACCACCAUGACAACCUUUCGCGAUUUAAUUCCUACAAAACUUGCAGCUGGUGUUUGGAAUUCUCUUACAAAGUACAAAUCUACUCUUCCUCACUUUCCACAGACAGAAACUUGCGAGUUGCUUAUUGUGGAUAGAUCAGUAGACCAGAUUGCUCCCAUUAUACACGAGUGGACAUAUGACGCAAUGUGCCAUGACUUGUUAAACAUGGACGGGAAUAAAUAUGUUCAUGAGGUUCCUGGCAAAGCUGGUGGCCCUCCAGAGAAGAAAGAUGUUCUUUUGGAGGAUCAUGAUCCUAUCUGGUUAGAGCUCCGCCAUGCACACAUUGCUGAUGCUAGUGAAAGGUUGCAUGAGAAGAUGACAAACUUUGUGUCAAAGAAUAAAGCUGCACAAAUGCAUCAAGGUUCAAGGGACGGUGGUCAAUUAUCUACUCGGGAUUUGCAAAAGAUGGUUCAGGCUUUACCUCAAUACAGUGAACAAAUUGAGAAGCUCUCCCUGCAUGUUGAUAUUGCUGGGAAGCUAAACAGAAUUAUCAGGGAGUCGAGUCUAAAAGAAAUUGGCCAAUUAGAGCAGGACCUUGUUUUCGGAGAUGCAGGAACUAAAGAUUUGAUCAAUUUCCUGAGGGUUCAUCAGGAUGUGACACGGGAAAGCAAGUUACGCUUAUUGAUGAUUUAUGCGUCCGUUCAUCCUGAGAAGUUUGAAAGUGACAAACUUUCCAAGUUAAUGGAGUUAGCGAGAUUGCCCCAAGAUGACAUGAAUGCCGUGUACAAUAUGAGAUUGCUGGAGGGAUCAACAGAUAAUAAGAAAAGCUCACUGGGAUCUUUCUCUCUCAAGUUUGACGUUCACAAGAAGAAGCACGCCGCUAGAAAAGACCGUACUGAUCAAGCAUCAACAUGGCAGUUGUCUCGUUUUUACCCAAUGAUAGAGGAACUUGUUGAAAAACUCAAUAAAGGGGAAUUACCAAAGAAUGAUUAUCCCUGCAUGAAUGAUCCAAGUCCAACUUUCCAUGGGACUUCCCAGUCUGCAUCAAUACAAGCAAAUCAAGUUUCAACUCCUCAUUCAAUGAGAUCGAGAAGGACAGCCACAUGGGCCCGCCCUCGAAAUUCUGAUGAUGGAUAUUCUAGUGAUUCAAUCCUGAGGCAUGCAUCAAGCGAUUUCAAGAAAAUGGGUCAACGCAUUUUUGUAUUUAUAGUUGGUGGAGCUACACGAUCAGAGUUGCGGGCUUGUCACAAGUUAUCUACAAAGCUGAAGAGAGAGGUAGUUCUUGGUUCAUCCAGCAUCGAUGACCCUCCACAAUUCAUUACGAAAUUAAAGCUCCUGACUGCAGACGAGCUCUCGCUGGAUGAUUUGCAGAUCUAGAAACAAAUUGCUGGGGAAGAUGGCAACCGAAAUCUCUUAUUUCCCAGGCUAGCAUUCCAAUUGUAUACCAAACUACGUUGAUUCAUUUCAAUUUUUGACAGUCUUUUGGUAGAUAUCUGGUACAUUGAAAGGUUAAAUGCAAAGUUGGUGGAACAUUCAGAUUCCCUAGAUGUUAAUGUCAAUGUGCCAAAAAAUUAGGGGUUUGGGUGUGUUGUAUCAUUUUUAUAGGUUCCAUUCAAGACUUCCAUAGUGUGUAUAAUGUAAUUUCUGUUAAUGUAGAGGCCCCAUUUGGAAGAAACAUUCUAUAUCUUUUUUUUUUUU